UUAGUCACACCCGGAAGCACUAACUGAACGAUGACACGUUUUCUCUGUUGCGUUUUAUCGCUUUUCUUUUGGAUUUCCUCAGCAGAAGAUACUGGAUUGCAAGAAACGAAAUCAGCAUGUCUUUCGCAGAUCUUUUCAGCACAGUCUUCAAAAUGUACCGGUGUGGUAGACCCCGAAUCAACCACCAGACCUCUGGCGAAAGCUGCCUGUUUGCAGCUUAUAAACAGUGCAACCAGUGAUUUAUGCGCAAAUGUAAAAUCACCAAGUUGUUUGAGCGAGGCGGCUGUGUUUUAUUUGUUGAAUAAUGAAGAUAAAUCUAUAUGGCCUGAUGUCUGCUUGGUGAUAAAAAAUACCCCGGUUAAGAUACCGAAUCAACUAAUGAUGGGACAGUUUGACGUUCUGGCCCAGGAUGGAAUGGUGUGCAGCACAUACUGCCCCAAAGUUGACAUGAAGGAAACCUGCAUUAUGCUAUAUUUGAUAGCACAGUCUCAGAAAGAAGGAGUUGUUUGCCCUCCUGUUGCCAACAAUGUGAUUGGUGAAAAUCAGGGUGAGGGUGGGGCACCAACACAGCCACAGGGAGGCAGUGUACCCACACAAACUGGCAGCCUACCAGGACAGACACAGACUGGCAGCAUACCGGGACAGACACAGGCUGCCAGCUUUCCAGGACAGACACAGACUGGCAGCCUACCGGGACAGACACAGGCUGCCAGCCUUCCAGGACAGACACAAACUGGCAGCCUACCAGGACAGAAACAGAUGGGCAGCCUAUCUGGACAGACACAGACUGGCAGUCUACCUCGGCAGACACGGACUGGCA